AUGAAUCUAGAGAAUAUUAUCGGAUUUCUUUUAGUUGCAUUGUGCUGGGGCUUCACUAACCCAUUUAUCAAGAAUGGAAGCGCUGGCCUAGAAAAUAUUAGACGGGAUACAUGGGUCAAACAAAUUGUUUCUGAAGUGUGGUACUUGAUUACAAAAUGGCAGUAUAUCGUGCCACUUUUACUGAAUUUGAGUGGAUCCGUUGUUUAUUAUUAUACAUUAGGACAAGCUGGUCAGCAUCUUUCUCUCGCGGUUCCAAUCACCAAUUCGCUCACCUUUAUAUUUACGACGUUGGCGGCUGGAUUGCUGGGUGAAGAGAUUGGGACAAAAGAAACGUGGAUCGGAAUGUCGAUGGUGGUUGUGGGUGUUGGAUUAUGCGUUAGUAGUAAAGUCGAGUAA